AUGGUGCUGCCUUGCGUGAGCACGGAAAAUAACACGGUGGUGGUGGUGCCCGAGGAAUUUCCGGCGGAUAUGGCGCCGCCGAGUUGCCGGAGGGCCGGGAACGUGACUGUGCCGCCGUGGACCUUCUCGGAAUUCUAUUGGCGGCCGAUAGGCCCGGAGGAGGUUUUCGAGCUGCGGUGGAGUAGGCCAGCAUGCGGGAGGUGCGAGAGCCGGGGCGGCCGAUGCGGCUUUAAGAGGGAUUCGGGGUUUGCAGUUGGAUGCACCAGGCCUUCUGGGCUUCCAAGAGGUGCGAAAUAUGCUGUAAUAAUUGGUGGCGGAGUACCAGGAUUGUUAUGCCUGAUUGGACUAAUAUGUUAUGGUUGUAGAAGGAUGAAACUUGCUAGGCAGCUACGCCGGAUAGACAGCGAGCUAGCAGUACCAACUUUCAAUCGUCAAUUAGUAUUUCGGGCGAACAUGGGACUGGACGUAUCCACCAUAGAGUCAUACCCUAAGACGGUGCUAGGGCAAAGUCGGCGGCUCCCCAAUCCGGUCGACAACAUGUGUUCUAUUUGUUUGUCUGAUUAUCAAUCACAAGAGACUUUGAAAAGCAUUCCGGAGUGUGAUCAUUAUUUUCAUGCCAACUGCAUAGACGAGUGGCUCAAGCUCAAUGGCACAUGCCCUUUGUGUAGAAACUCACCCGAUACCUCAAGUUCAACACCCACUCCUACUUCAUCAUUGCCUGCAUUAGAUCAUCAAUGAACCAUAUAGUAUCGUCACCAUAUCUACAUAUUUCAUAAAUUUCACAUAUUAAAUCUACAUUUCCUAGAUGUAUCAUGCAUAUACGAAUAUACGAUAUACCAAUUACAAUUACAAUUACAUUAAUUAUCUGGAUUUUCAGUUGA